CCAUAUUUGUCGAACACAGGAAAACCCACCGACCAGACUGACAUUCGCCGGAGACGGGAAAAAAGAAGGAAACCCUUCUCCUCGCCGACAAAAUCAAAAUUCAGCGCUUCUUUCCGCUCCUCCGACUUGAGAACCUACCGCCAGGCUUCAAUUCACCUCCACCGCUACGGUGGGCGACGGCGGGCCGACUAAGCUGGUUUUCCAACUUUGAAACGCUCGUCAAUUAGGAGACCAUGGCUGCAAUUCUUCUACGGUGGAAGUUUCAAAUGAGAAUAGUGUGUCUGAAAGAGGCUCCACGUAUUUGAAAGUUCUUCAAUUUGAUUUUGGUGGUCAGUCCCUUGUUUCGAUUGUUUCAUUUCAGAAGUUGUAUCCUUCCCUCUUUCAAAUUCGCAGCAUUGCGUUCAGGGUCACUGCCUACUGAGUCAAGUUUUUCUUCUUGUAUACUGGUUCUGCCGUUCUUGGAUUGUUCAACUUCUUUCGCAUACCUGUGAUUGCUAGCGGGAGUUGACUUGGUUGAUUCUUCAGAAGGACUGAACGAGAGAGGACAGUGAUUGCUUAGGCUCAAAGUUGUACAUCAAUAAUGAUUUACACCGCUAUAGACAACUUCUACCUUACGGAAGAGCAGCUACAGAACUCUCCAUCGAGGAAGGACGGAAUCGAUGAAGAUACUGAAACUUCCAUUAGAAGAUAUGGCUGUGAUCUCGUACAAGAAAGUGGCAUUUUGCUCAGGCUACCUCAAGCUGUGAUGGCGACUGGACAGGUUCUAUUCCAUCGCUUCUACUGCAAGAAAUCAUUUGCUAAGUUCAAUGUCAAGAAAGUUGCCGCUGGUUCAGUUUGGCUUGCCUCCAAGCUAGAGGAAAGUCCUAGAAGAGCAAGGCAGGUUAUCAUGGUUUUUCACAGGAUGGAAUGCCGCAGAGAGAAUUUGCCCAUUGAGUUUCUGGACAUUAAUUCUAAGAAAUAUGCUGAACUAAAGGUGGAGUUAAGUAGAACUGAAAGACACAUAUUGAAGGAGAUGGGUUUUGUUUGUCAUGUUGAGCAUCCACACAAGUUCAUAUCCAACUAUCUUGUCACCCUUGACACACCCCCAGAACUGAGACAAGAGGCAUGGAAUCUUGCAAAUGAUAGUUUGCGGACAACCCUGUGCGUUCGUUUUAGGAGUGAAGUUGUAGCUUGUGGUGUAGUGUAUGCUGCUGCUCGGAGGUUCCAAGUCCCACUUCCAGAGAAUCCACCUUGGUGGAAGGCUUUUGAUGCUGAUAAAUCUGGCAUCGAUGAAGUUUGCAGAGUGUUAGCUCACCUGUACAGUCUUCCAAAGGCUCAAUACAUAUCAGUCUGUAAGGAAGGCGACUUUUCUUUUUCUAAAAGGGCUAUGGAUUUGCAGUCACAAACAGCUGCAAAGGAUGCUCCACAAGCUAGCUCACCAGCAAACAACGAUGCUUCUUCCAAGGUGACCCCGAGCUUGAUCAGUGUUGAAACUGGGGGGUCCAAGGGAACAUUGGUGAUAAAAGCAGCAUUGGACAAGGUGAAGGACUCUAAGAAGGGCGACGAUGAAUCCAAGAAUGAGGACGAUGCAACAAGGGAGGUAGCGAUUGGGAGAUCCAAGUCUGAGCAUAGAACAACGGAUGGAAGCAGUGAUAGAAGCAAGGAGAGAGACAGGGACAGGGAAAGAGAGAGGGAAACGAGAAUGAAGGCUGGUGAUCGUGACAACAGGGGAAGGGAUUCCGAUAGGGAAAGAGAUCGAGAGGAAAGUGAAAGGGGCAGAGAUAAGAGCAAGGACCGAGGAAGCCAUCGUUCUAAAGAUAGGGGGAAGGAUUCAGGAGGAUAUUCAGAUAAAUCAAGGCAUCCUUCAUCACGGGAUCGUGACUAUCACAGCUCCUCGUCGUAUUCAUCACGGGAUAAGGAUAGACACAGGCAUCACUCGUACGGACGAUGAUCCCAGGCUGUUGCAACGCAAGUUACCCAUCAACUGAAUCUGCUAUAUCAGUGUUCGAGGUAUGCCCUCGGCUAUUCACUACAAUAUUCCCGUCUGUAGAAUAGUGAAAAGGCGAAAUUGGAUUAGUCGAAACAACGGUCUUUUUUCCUCACAUUGCCGUCACUUGUGCUCGCUAACUGCGGGGUGUUCUGAGUGUUGUCUUUCUUUCGGGUUUUUCAUGCAUUCCAAUGUCUCUCUGUAACCAGAGUUUUGUGGAAUAUGGAUGACAUCAUCAACUACAUGAGUUGUUCUAAACUCUUAACAGACUGGAUUGGACUUUUAAGUCUUUAAAAGCCUCUUCUUUCUGGAAGGGAGUGAAAAAUUAGGGUGUUUUAGGAAGAGCGAUAUUUAUGACUGCCAGUAUGAAUUGUGUUUAAGUAGUGAUUU